AGCUAGGAUGCGGUGAAGAUGGCGAUGAAUGUGAAGAAUAGAGGUGCUUAUUAUCAAAGUAAUGAUUAUUGCAGAAACUACAGUUCGCAGCCUAUACAUUAUGGGAAUAGCAGCCACUAUUUCCCCAGGUUGCCAGGUCCUGAGUCCUUGCUGAAGCCUCCACUGGAGUUAAUGUGCCAGCCUCCACAGCCUUUCCAGCCCAUGCUACCCGCCCAGACCCUUGGGCCACCGGUAGCGGUGUCCCCAGACCCACUGCGGUUCCCCCUCUCCGCCUCUCUAACGGCCAAGCCCCCUCCUCACCUCCCGCUGCUGCACGGGGCCCCCGGCCCCACACUGCCACCCCCCAGCCCCAAAGCCCUGGAGGAGGAGUGCCAGGGAGGGGGUAUGGAGCCCGACGCCACCCUGGAGGAGCUCUGUAAGCCCUUGUACUGCAAGCUCUGCAAUGUCACUCUGAACUCAGCCCAGCAGGCACAGGCCCACUAUCAGGGUAAAAACCACAGUAAGAAGCUGAGAAAUUUCUAUGCUGGUAGUCAACAGCCCCCACCUAUCAGAAUACCAGAGGUGAUAGAGCCUGCUUCUCAGCAACCCUCUAGUACACCACCAACAGAAAGUGCUACGGCGUGCAAACAGCCAGCUCCAUUUAAGGGUGCCAGCCGAGUGAUCCUGGCCACGGAGAAUGACUACUGUAAGCUGUGUGAUGCCUCGUUCAGCUCUCCUGCUGUGGCACAGGCACACUACCAGGGGAAGAACCAUGCUAAGAGGCUGCGCCUGGCCGAAGCCCAACAGAGCAGCACCUUCAUAGACACAUCUGAGUCCAAUCAAAGGCGGCCUAGGAAAGAAGGGAAUGAAUUGAAGCUGAUGAAGAACCGCAGGACUGCACAUGUGCUUCCCAACAUGCCAGGGCCCUACUACAACCCCCGCCCGCGGCAGAGGAUCCCCCGUGACCUGGCCAUGUGCGUGACGCCCAGCGGGCAGUUCUAUUGCUCCAUGUGCAACACGGGUGCCAGUGAGGAGGCUGACUUCCGCUUACACCUGGAGAGCAAGCAGCACAAGAGCAAGGUGUCGGAGCAGCGCUACCGCAGCGAGAUGGAGAACCUGGGCUACACUUAGAGGGCAGAGCUCUGGCCUGCCGUCAUGCGCACUGCACACAGGGGCCCUGCGGGACUGUGGGGAGAGGUGUGCUGGGCAUCCUGUGGAGAGCCGGGGUAGGGGACAGGAUUGUGUGGUAUAGACCAAUUCUGCCUCCCCACUGCCUUUUAAAAUUUUCUUUAAGUGAAAAACUGUGUCGGUAGAUUUAUUUAUUUAUGUAUUUAUUUAAGGAUUGAAAAACAAUUACUUUCUGCUCACAAGCGCCUCCUGCUGGUUAAGCUUGUUAAUAUGGCCUGUGUCUGUAAUUUUUUUGUUUUGUUUUUGUUUGUUGUUUUUUUUGUAUUUGCCUUGAGUUUAUAUGUGAUGCAACUAGCGCCUGAGAUGAAAGCAGGGAACUGUUUGCGAGUUCAAUCAAUGACUAGAUCCCCUGCAGUCUCAUGAAGCAUUAACCAGACAAUCCAUGCUUGCUGUCAGCUGUGGAUUAAUCGUGGCUUUCUGGGAACCUUAAGGACGUGGUUCCCACCUAAUUGUUGUUUUUCUGUGUGAAAUUGCACUCCAGACUUCCACCUGACCAGGUGAAUGUGCUGUGAUUGCUAUGACUAUUAGUUUUCGGGCUUUGCGCAAAUAAGACCUAUGUGCAGUUGCAAUAUUUGCAUUAGUGGAGACAGUUCUGUAGUAUAUGCUGCGUGUGUAGUACCAUCACAGACAUGAUCCUAAGUGCAAGCUAAAUCAGCUGCUUGUUUUCUUUUUACUUUGACCAAAACAUUCUUAGUUUUCGCAAAGGCCAGCAUUCAUGUUGCCCUGACUUCACGUAGGGAAUCCCACAUUUUCUGAAGUUAAUGAUAACUCCAGGAGAAUUAUUAAAGAUGGACUAUUCAUUCUGAGCUCAACUGCAAUCCAUAAUCUGUAAGCUGAUACAAAAUGAAGAAGUCUGUUUUACCCUGGGAAAAACCAAAGCUAAGAGCAGAAUUAAUUACAGUUUCAUGAGUAGAAAUAUAAAUAUGUGAUGUACCAUUAAACCCUCAAUGAGGAAACUUUUAGCUGUUAAAAUGGUUGGCUUUGUUAUGUGGGCCGACAAAUGGUAUCAGUUCAAGGUGUUUUGUAAUUUCAUAGAGGAAUCAAGUUAAAUUGCUGUUUUAACAUUUUUGUUUGAUAA